AUGCGGAGCUGUUGCUACUUCGUGCUGCUGCUGGCGGCUCCGAAGAUGCUGAAGGUGACCUUCACCAAGCGCAAGUUCGGCUUGAUGAAGAAGGCCUAUGAGCUGAGCGUCCUGUGCGACUGCGAGAUCGCCCUCAUCAUCUUCAACCACUCCAACAAGCUGUUCCAGUAUGCCAGCACCGACAUGGACAAGGUGCUGCUCAAGUACACCGAGUACAAUGAGCCCCACGAGAGCCGGACCAACGCAGACAUCAUCGAGACAUUAAGAAAGAAAGGUUUUAACGGCUGUGACAGCCCGGAGCCCGACGGUGACGACUCCAUAGACCAGAGCCCUCUGAUGGAGGAUAAAUACCGCAAAGGCAGCGAGGAUCUGGAUAUCCUGUUCAAGCGAUACGGUUCCGCAGUGCCCGCUCCCAACUUCGCCAUGCCCGUGACGGUGCCGGUGACCAACCAAAACACGCUGCAGUUCAGCAACCCGGGCAGCUCGCUGGUGACCCAGUCCCUGGUGACCUCGUCGCUGACAGACCCCCGGCUCCUGUCGCCGCAGCAGCCGGCGCUGCAGAGGAACACGGUGUCCCCGGGGCUGCCGCAGCGGCCAGCCAGCGCAGGGGCAAUGCUUGGAGGAGACCUGAACAACACAAAUGGAGCCUGCCCGAGCCCUGUGGGAAACGGCUAUGUGAGUGCCAGAGCCUCUCCGGGCCUCCUUCCCGUGUCCAACGGCAGCAGCCUGGGCAAGAUCAUCCCGGCCAAGUCCCCGCCGCCGCCGCCGCCCUCGCACGGGACGCAGCUCGCCGCCAACAGCCGCAAGCCGGACCUGCGUGUGAUCACCUCGCAGAGCGGGAAGGGGCUGAUGCACCACCUGACCGAGGACCACUUGGCUCUGCAGAACACGCAGAGGUUGGGUGUCUCCCAAGCAACUCACUCUCUGACCACACCGGUUGUUUCCGUGGCGACUCCAAGUUUGCUGACACAGGGGCUGCCCUUCUCUGCCAUGCCCACAGCCUACAACACAGAUUAUCAGCUGACGAGCGCUGAGCUGUCCUCACUGCCAGCGUUCAGCUCACCUGGAGGGCUGUCCCUUGGCAACAUCUCUGCCUGGCAGCAGCAGCAGCAGCAGCAACAGCAGCAGCAGCAGCAGCAGCAACAACAGCAGCAGCAGCAACAACAGCAGCAGCAGCAGCAACAGCAACAACAGCAGCAACAGCAGCAACAACAGCAGCAGCAGCAGCAGCAGCACCUGGUCCCUGUGUCACUAGGAAACUUAAUACAAGGGAGCCACUUGUCCCACACCACCACUUUGACUGUCAACACCAACCCCAACAUCAGCAUCAAGUCGGAGCCCGUCUCGCCCAACCGGGAGAGGAACACUGCCACCCCGCUCAGCACCUUCCCCCACCAGCCCCGGCACGAGCCCACCGGCCGCUCGCCCGUCGACAGCCUCAGCAGCAACACCAGCUCCUACGAGGGCAGCAGCGAGCGGGACGACCCCGCCCGCCCCGAUUUCGGCUCGUCCCUGGGCCUCCUGCGACCCACCAGCGAGCCCGAGGGGGAGAGCCCCUCCGUGAAGCGCAUGCGGUUGGAUACCUGGGUCACAUAACGCGUCCCCGCCGUCCCUGGGAGCGCCGCCGGCUCCGGUGGGGCCGCGGGAAGGGGGCGGGAGGGGCG